AUGAGCGUCACGAAACUUGUACGCUCCAAUGGGUUUAAACAGAUCCCAAACUUUGUCAGGAGUUCUCUACGUAACGCUUGCGUCGAGUCAAAUCAAAGCACGGACUCUCCUUAUAGACCCAAGAAGCAUCACAUUUUAGCUACAAAUCUCAUCGUUUCAUAUUUUGAAAAAGGUCUGGUUGAGGAAGCACGCUCACUGUUCGACGAAAUGCCUGAGAGAGACGUGGUGGCUUGGACCGCAAUGAUAACUGGUUACGCUUCUUCUGAGUACAACGCUCACGCUUGGGAGUGUUUCCGCGAGAUGCUUAGGCAUGGAACGCGCCCGAAUGAGUUCACGCUCUCAAGCGUCCUCAAAUCUUGUAGAAACAUGAAGAUUUUGGCUUAUGGGGGUUCGGUUCAUGGGGUUGUGGUUAAACUCGGUAUGGAAGGUUCUCUGUACGUUGACAAUGCUCUAAUGAACAUGUAUGCUACUUGUUCGGCAACAAUGGAUGCUGCUUGUUUGAUUUUUCGGGACAUCAAGGUAAAAAAUGAUGUCACUUGGACUACUCUGAUCACCGGGUUUACGCACUUGGGUGAUGGCAUUGGCGGUUUGAAGAUGUAUAAGCAAAUGUUGCUGGAGAAUGCAGAUGUGACGCCUUACUGUAUAACGAUAGCUGUUAGAGCUUCCGCUUCAAUUGAUUCUGUUACAACCGGCAAGCAAAUUCAUGCGUCAGUGAUUAAACGCGGGAUUCAGUCUAACCUUCCGGUGAUGAACUCUAUACUGGACUUGUAUUGCAGAUGUGGGUAUUUAGCAGAGGGGAAACACUAUUUCCUUGAGAUGGAAGAUAGAGAUCUGAUUACAUGGAACACUUUGAUUUCCGAGCUCGAGCGAUCAGACAGCAGCGAAGCUCUGCUCAUGUUUCAAAGGUUUGAAUCACAAGGCUUUGUGCCAAAUUGUUACACUUUCACAAGCUUAGUUGCUGCCUGCGCCAAUAUAGUGGCAUUGAACUGUGGCCAGCAACUUCAUGGAAGGAUUUAUAGAAGAGGGUUUUACAAGAACGUUGAGUUAGCCAAUGCUUUGAUCGACAUGUAUGCUAAAUGCGGUAACAUACCAGACUCUCAAAGAGUAUUUGGUGAAAUCGCAGAGAGGAGGAAUCUAGUAUCCUGGACUUCAAUGAUGAUUGGGUACGGAUCACACGGUUAUGGAGUAGAAGCUGUUGAGCUUUUUGACAAAAUGGUUAGUUCAGGUAUAAGACCUGACCGGAUUGUUUUCAUGGCGGUUCUGAGCGCAUGCCGCCAUGCCGGUCUGGUGGAAAAAGGAUUGAAGUACUUUAAAGUGAUGGAAAAUGAGUACGGCAUUAUACCAGAUCGAGAUAUCUACAACUGUGUGGUGGAUUUGCUCGGAAGAGCUGGCAAAAUAGGCGAGGCUUGUGAAUUGGUUGAGAGGAUGCCGUUUAAGCCAGACGAAUCCACCUGGGGAGCAAUUCUGGGGGCUUGUAAAGCGCAUAAACACACAGGAUUGAUAAGCAGGUUAGCUGCAAGAAAAGUUAUGGAGUUGAAACCGAGAAUGGUGGGAACUUAUGUGAUGCUUUCAUACAUCUAUGCAGCAGAAGGGAAGUGGGGGGAUUUCGCGAGAGUGAGGAAGAUGAUGAGGAUGAUGGGGAACAAAAAAGAAGCUGGUAUGAGCUGGAUCCAGUUGGAAAAUCAGGUUGUUAGCUUUGCUGUAAGCGAUAAAAUGUGUCCUAAUGCGAAUUCUGUGUAUUCAGUCUUGGGGUUACUGAUAGAGGAGACCAGAGAAGCUGGCUAUGUUCCUGACUUAGACUCCCUAGUUCAUGAUCAAGAAACUGGAAGUUGA